GAAGACACUUAUAUAGUGACCUUACAAGCACAUACAAAACUCAAAAAGGAGAAGAAAUAUGAAACUCAAAGCCAUCAGAAAACUUGCCUGGUUUUUCUUACUUGUACUCCUCAGUUUGUCAGUCCGUGUUUGCGGAGUCAAGGUGGAGGAAACCGAUGCACGCUCGCAAUGUAAUAGGUCCAUUGCCGAGUGCCAAGAAGAGGAUGAGAUGUUGAUGGGAUCGGAAACAGCAAGGAGGUUCCUGGAAGAGAAGAGAUACAUCUCAUACGGUGCUUUAAGCAGAGAUCAACCGGCUUGUAGAGGUGCUCGGGGUCAGGCCUAUUCCAGCAACUCAGAAUGCCUCGGUCCAGCUGCCAAUCCUUAUCACCGAGGUUGUUCCAAGUAUUAUCGGUGUCGAUCAGACACUUAGCAGUGUGCUAGUUUCAUAUUACAUGUUUUACUUGUGUAUUCAUCACAGAAAGAGUUCAGUAUUCCUCAACAUAUGGUUUGUAUAUUGUGCAUUCUACCUUUGCUUUUCUAAAUGUUCUCUCUUUUUAAUUCUCGUUAUUUUAGGUCCUGCUAGGCACUCGCAGAAUAUAAAAUUGAAAUUCCCGAAGGAAACCCGAUGAAAACUGAGUUGAAAAUAUUAAAAGGUC